GCCAAUGGCAGGAGGAGACCCGGGAAAGGGGCCGAGCAAAGGGCGAGGAGAUGAGGAGAAAAGCAGCGGCAGCCGCUAGACGAGCCUGGCUGAGAGGGGAAAGCCGCAGCUCCGGGCACCGCUUCUUCUUCAGAAUGAGGGCACCGUGUGUGCACACAGCGUGGCAGACAUUUCCCGCACUUUACUGACACGGGAGCCCGAGCGUCCUCCUCCCCCUGAGCACAUCCCUGUGGAUGGGACCGCUCUCCUCACACUGCCUGGAGGGGCAGGACUACAGAGCCCAGUGAUGCCAUCUGCAUGAGAAUACCCAACGCAGCGACAUGAGCCUCCGGGCACCGGGCGGACGCUGGAACUACUGACCGCGCCGGAUUGGAUGCUGUGAGGGGACCUGCGCCCCAUUGUGCUCGGCAUGGCUGCAGGAUGCGGGCUGGUGUACGUGCUGCUGCUGCUGGCUUCCCUGCUGGUCCAGUCCUGGGGCAGGAUGAUCUGCUGGCAGGCCAUGCUAACGUGCGACAUGGAGGAGCAGUGCAGCUUCGCCUACCGCCAGUACACCCAGGCGUGUGAAUCGGUCCUUGCCGGGGAAGCCGCGUACGACCCGAGCAAGCGCCGCUGCCCCAGCCACUGCAUCAAUGCCAUCAUCCAGCUGAACAGCACCAAGGCCGGGCCCGCCCUGGAGGACUGUGACUGCGCCAAUGACGACGUGUGUAAGGCCACCAAGCGGUCCAUCGAGCCGUGCAUGCCGCGGACCAGCGGGAGCCCAGGUCGCGGGGCGGUGAUUGGCUGCACGGCGGCGCGGAGGCUCUGCGAGAGGGACUUCCGCUGCUCCAAGUCCAUGACAGACUACCUGCGGUACUGCGGGCCGCUCUUCAAUGGUGUGAACUGCCCCAACAGCUGCAUGGCGGUCAUAUCGGAAAUGAUAACGCAGCCCAAGGCGCUGCUGCUGAACGAGUGCGUGUGUGACGGCAUGGAGCGGGCCAUCUGCGAGUCCAUCAAGGACAGCAUGGUCCGCCUGUGCUUCUCCUCAGACGGGGGUCCCAGCAGCAGCGGGGAGUCGGACGAUGACUUUGAUGAGGAUUACGACGACCCCUCCAGGCCCACCCUGCCAAGCAGUGGUGCCCUCCGUGCUGUGCCCACCCUAUGGACAUGUAUAGUGCUGCUGGUGCUGCAGGGCUACAAGUGACUGUCCUGGACUCGCCUGCUUCCCAAAGUGCUCCUUACCAUGGACAUAGAUGUACUCAGCCCCCCAAAUCCGCGGCCGAUCGGAUGGGAAUGACGUCGCCCCAUGAGAGGCACACUGUAUGGAACGGUCAAUCAAUGUGACCUAGAGCCACCAUGAAAUAGAUAUUGGGUUGGUUUAUUGUAUGGACACGUCAGCUGGCCCUAAGGCCCCAUGCACACGACCGGCUCUGCGAAAUACGGAUUCCAGCCGUGUGCACGCCGCAGCUUCUUUUGUAGAAACGCCUAUUCAUGUUCUCUUAUUUGCGGAAAGGUCGCCUGGGUGCGGACAGCACGCAGAUGACAUCCACGUGCUGUCCGCAUUUUUUGUGGGCCCCUGUGCGAUCUGCAAAAAAUGCGUUUGUGUGCAUGAGGCCUAAGCAUACUGCAGGGUUGUUGCGCUCGUUCCAUUCAUCUGAAUUGGGCUUGCGGAAAUCUACGCACAUACUGCUGGAACGGCCCCAUUCACAUGUAUGGAAGGGGUUGUCAGUGACAGCAAACCUACCUGGUGUGGUCAUGCCUAAGGCCUCUUGCACACGAGCGUGUGCGCCCCGUGGCCGUGCUUGCUGCACGAACACCCACCGUGGGGCAGCGGAUCACGGACCCAUUCUCUUUAAUGGGUCCGCGAUCCGG